CCAGGAGAUGGAAAUCCAAGAGAAAACAGCCCAUUCCUCAACAAUGUUGAGGCGGAACAGGAGACUUUCUUUGAAGGGAAGAACAUGGCACUUUUCGAGGAGGAGAUGGACAGCAACCCCAUGGUGUCCUCACUGCUCAACAAGCUGGCCAACUACACCAACCUGAGCCAGGGCGUGGUGGAGCAUGAGGAGGACGAGGAGAGCCGGCGGCGCGAGGCCAAGGCUCCGCGCAUGGGCACCUUCAUUGGCGUCUACCUGCCGUGCCUGCAGAACAUCCUGGGUGUCAUCCUCUUCCUGCGCCUGACGUGGAUCGUGGGGGUGGCUGGUGUCCUGGAGUCCUUCCUCAUCGUGGCCAUGUGCUGCACCUGCACAAUGCUGACCGCCAUUUCCAUGAGUGCGAUUGCUACCAACGGCGUGGUGCCAGCUGGCGGCUCCUACUACAUGAUAUCGCGCUCGCUGGGACCCGAGUUCGGAGGCGCUGUCGGCCUCUGCUUCUACCUGGGCACGACGUUCGCAGGGGCCAUGUAUAUUCUGGGGACCAUCGAGAUCCUUCUGACAUACAUCUCCCCGGGUGCGGCCAUCUUCCAGGCAGAGGCUGCGGGUGGCGAGGCGACCGCCAUGCUGCACAACAUGCGUGUGUAUGGCACGUGCACGCUGGUGCUCAUGGCCCUGGUGGUCUUCGUGGGCGUCAAGUACGUCAACAAGCUGGCGCUGGUCUUCCUGGCCUGCGUCGUGCUGUCCAUCCUGGCCAUCUACGCCGGCGUCAUCAAGUCUGCCUUCGACCCCCCGGACAUCCCGGUCUGCCUCCUGGGGAACCGCACGCUGUCUCGGCGCAGCUUUGAUGCCUGCGUCAAGGCCUACGUCACCGACAACAACUCAGCCGCCUCUGCACUCUGGGGCCUCUUCUGCAACGGCUCCCAGCCCAGCGCCACGUGUGACGAGUACUUCAUCCAGAACAACGUCACCGAAAUCCAGGGCAUCCCGGGCGCGGCCAGCGGCGUCUUCCUGGAGAACCUGUGGAGUACGUACACGCACGCAGGGGCGUUUGUGGAGAAGAAAGGUGUGCCCUCAGUGCCUGUGGCAGAGGAGAGCCGCGCCAGCACGCUGCCCUACGUGCUCACCGACAUCGCGGCCUCCUUUACCCUCCUGGUUGGCAUCUACUUCCCCUCCGUGACCGGUAUCAUGGCGGGUUCAAACCGGUCCGGGGACCUCAAGGAUGCGCAGAAGUCCAUCCCCACGGGGACCAUCCUGGCCAUAGUGACCACGUCUUUCAUCUCUGUAGAUCUCUCCUGCAUUGUGCUGUUUGGGGCCUGCAUCGAAGGUGUGAUCUUGCGAGAUAAGUUCGGGGAGGCCCUGCAGGGGAACCUGGUCAUCGGCAUGCUGGCCUGGCCCUCCCCCUGGGUCAUCGUCAUCGGCUCCUUCUUCUCCACCUGCGGCGCCGGCCUGCAGAGCCUCACGGGGGCACCGCGCCUGCUGCAGGCCAUUGCCCGUGAUGGCAUCAUCCCCUUCCUGCGGGUGUUUGGCCACGGGAAGGCCAAUGGGGAGCCCACGUGGGCGUUGUUGCUGACGGUCCUCAUCUGUGAGACUGGCAUCCUUAUUGCCUCCCUGGACAGCGUGGCCCCGAUCCUCUCCAUGUUCUUCCUCAUGUGCUACCUGUUCGUGAACCUAGCCUGCGCCGUGCAGACCCUGCUACGUACCCCCAACUGGCGUCCACGCUUCAAGUUCUACCACUGGACCCUGUCCUUCCUGGGCAUGAGCCUGUGCCUGGCACUGAUGUUCAUCUGCUCCUGGUACUAUGCGCUCUCCGCCAUGCUCAUCGCUGGCUGCAUCUACAAGUACAUCGAGUACCGAGGUGCCGAGAAGGAGUGGGGCGACGGCAUCCGCGGCCUGUCCCUGAACGCUGCCCGCUAUGCCCUGCUGCGUGUGGAGCACGGGCCUCCUCACACCAAGAACUGGAGGCCCCAGGUGCUGGUGAUGCUGAACCUGGACGCAGAGCAGGCUGUGAAGCACCCCCGCCUGCUGUCCUUCACGUCGCAGCUGAAGGCCGGCAAGGGCCUGACCAUCGUGGGCUCGGUGCUGGAAGGGACGUACCUGGACAAGCACAUGGAGGCACAGCGGGCCGAGGAGAACAUACGGUCCCUGAUGAGUGCAGAGAAGGCCAAGGGUUUCUGCCAGCUGGUGGUCUCGUCCAGCCUGCGGGACGGCAUGUCCCACCUGAUCCAGUCGGCCGGCCUGGGCGGCCUGAAGCACAACACAGUGCUCAUGGCCUGGCCUGCGUCCUGGAAGCAGGAGGACAACCCCUUCUCCUGGAAGAACUUUGUGGGUAGGUGUGGCUGGGCAGCUCAGUCUCUGGGUGCCGGGGUGGUGGUGGAGGCAGUCAUGGUUGAAAACGACAUUUCUGCUUUCACCUACGAGAGGACACUCAUGAUGGAGCAGAGGUCACAGAUGCUGAAGCAGAUGCAGCUGUCCAGGAGCGAGCGGGAGCGAGAGGCCCAGCUGAUCCACGACAGGAACACUGCGUCCCAUACCGCAGCAGAGGCCAGGACCCAAGCGCCGCCUACGCCAGACAAGGUGCAGAUGACCUGGACCAGGGAGAAGCUGAUUGCCGAGAAGUACAGGAACAGAGACACCAGCUUGUCUGGGUUCAAAGACCUCUUCAGCAUGAAGCCGGACCAGUCCAACGUCAGGCGGAUGCACACGGCUGUGAAGCUUAAUGGCGUCGUCCUCAACAAGUCCCAGGACGCACAACUGGUCCUGCUUAACAUGCCAGGGCCCCCCAAAAACCGGCAGGGAGACGAGAACUACAUGGAGUUUCUUGAGGUCCUGACCGAGGGGCUGAACAGAGUCCUCCUGGUCAGGGGUGGCGGCCGGGAGGUGAUCACCAUCUACUCCUAACGCCCAACAGCGUUGCGGCAUGCUGGGACGGGCACGGAGGAUGGCGUGGGUGGCCUGCACCUGGGCUUGGCCCAGGGAAACAGCAAACACACCUGUCCCCCAGUGAUGCCACCCAACCUGCCCGUGGGGCUUCCUACGGAAGUUUCUAGGCCCGUCACCUGGGGCUUUCCUGUUCAGCAGCCUUAAACAACAGGCUUAACCAGCAAGGGCGCGGCUGGACGAUUUCCUUGCGUCCGAGGGCAGACACUGCUGCGGGAGUGACCUGGACGUGGCCGGAUCUUCUCGCAGGUCACAAGACGCCAGCGAGCCCUCGCCUUGGUUUCUGGAAGUUCUUUUCUUGGCUGGACUUACCCAGUGGUUAGGUUGCAUUUCUACCCCAUCCAGAACAUUCUUGGAAGAGCACCCGGAGCUGAAGCUGUCCCUGGUGAUGAAGGUGAAACGUCAGCCCUGGCCGUGGCUCCGCUCAGGGCUCUGGUCACCUCCGAGUCGCUGUGUUCCUUGACUGUGUUUGUGUUUCUGCACCUCAAGGCAGGGAGGCUGGAGGACUCUGUCCAUGCCCGUGUCACCCUCGUGUGGGAGCAUCUGGGCUCAGCAGGUCCGCGUUUCACGAGCUGAGGCGUGGGCUGGGGCCAUCUGGAAAGGGAACUCAGCUUUUCUGGAAUAUGGUGGAUCAUCUGUUGUGUGUGUGGUGAACACGGUGUGUUCGUCAGGGCCUAUGCUCCAGGAAGGAGCCCCCAGUUGUGGCUCUGCCAUGCCGGGCUGUGUUCGUAGCCAUCCUAGUCUCCAUCCGCCUUCAGAAAACCAGCCACUUCUUUUCAUAAGCACUGACAGGGCCCAGCCCACAGCCACUGCUGCCGUCAGUGCCUCGCACAGGUGAAUGCACUGAAACCCAGGGGCACACGCACACGGAGUGAACACCGAGUUCCCCAUACGGCCCAUGACAGCCAGGACUCUCCAUCCCACCCCACCCCAGGAGCACGGCACAUGGUUCAGCCUCUGAGCCGGCUCACACGUGCCAUCCCCACCCGGGCGCUCCAGGGAAGGCGGACACGGCCCCUGCGUGGGAGGUCCUCAGGCAGCAGUGGCGCCUGGCGUCGGAUCUGUCUGGCUGAGUCCCGGGCGUCUCCUCCAUGGCCUGUCCUUGCGUGGAGGUGGCGGCGGUGGCACUGAAGAGAUAAAAACUUUCAAGGGCCCAGCACACUUUGCACUUCCGCUGUGAGUUUGCUUUACAGGCUGUGGUCACAUUUGCAGACUGCGAGCAGUGGCACCGACUUGGGCCUUCCUUUGUGUGUGGCGUAUUUAUUUAUUUAAACACCCCAGGGAGUUACAUGGUAAGGAGGUUGUCCAUAAAGAGCUUGCUUCUAUACUGGAGGCCCCAGAUGGCCAGGCCUCGGGCUGCGUCCGGCUUGCACGGUCUCCCGAGGGAAUCAGCCCCAUCAACGAAGUUCGAAUCAGGGCAGAGGCUGCACUUGUGCCUCCAGACAGUGGUUUCCGCACCAGGCUGGCGUUGCUGUAGAGUGACGGCUGCCUAGAGCAUGUCCCGGACAUCACAGCGGGGCUCAGCAGUUCCCACAGCCUCUGCCUGCCUUGGCUAAGUGUGAGUUAAGCAGCAAAACUCUCCUCCGUGUAUGAAUGGGGCCAGCAGGUCCUGUGUCCCCUGCACCUGGAGGAGAGCAGGCUAGAGGCACAGUGGCCCCUGGGUGCUGGCUCUGAAUGUCAGUUGGUGGCUGGAAAACAGCCCUGUGUGCUGGAUGCCUCUGAGGGCCGCUCAGUCCUGCACACCAAACGGCUCGUGAGGGCUCAGCUCUGCCUCCACUCUGGGCUGCAGCCUCUGCAAGCAAGCGACAGGCAUCCUUUCUGUUAUCAGCUCCAUGUAACCAGUAACUACGGCCAUUUAUAAUUGACUCCGUUUCCUUUUGUAGGUUCCCUGUCUUUGUUCUUUGUAUGAUUUUGUUAGUAGAAAAAUAAAGUCCGAUGAAAUCUAA